CUCUGGGUUCUCUCCUCCCCUCCGUGACGACCCGGCAAAGAUGGGGGAACUCGGAAAACAAAUUGAAUUUUGAAUUCAGUCGAAAGCACGGAUGAGGGCCAGGCAGAGUUAAUAAAAGUACCAAAUAAAUAAAUAAAACAGAAGAAGAAGAAAGGAAAAAAAGAAGAACCAAACAAAAAGGACAGUGACCAAGCCGGAUGCAAACAGCUGCCCCUGAGCCCGGCCCGCUGGUUCCGUGCGCGGGCAAGGGCUCCACAUCCGAGCCUCCUUAAGAGUAGGAGGAGCUCCCGGGCCUCUGUCAGGCUCCUUAAGCCGUUCCUUUCAAGCCCUGAAUGCCUGAAUGUGAGCUGCCCACCACCCUCCCCGCCCUCCCCCACUCCGCAACCCCACUCCAGCGGCUCGUAAAAAAAAAAAAAAAAAAAGUUUCAACAACAACAGGCGGGACCAAUAGCAUCUCGAAAAGCCGGGAAAGGGGGCCGAGCAAAGGGCGAAAGAGAGUGGAGAAAGGAGAAAGCGGGCAGGCUCGGAGCGCGCGGGGCCGGGGCUCGGCGAGCCGGAGGAGCGUUGCUAAUGUUUUUGUUUGUUUGCUUUUCCAUGCAUGCAUAAUGAGGGGGCACCGCGGCACCACGCGGGGGCUCCCGGCCCAUUUUUGUAUUUAAAGCCUCGCAGCGAGCGAGUCCGCAGCCGGGCUCAGCGGAUCCGCUCCCCGGGCUCCUUGUCACCCGAGAAGCCGCCGCCGAGGGAAGCCCGGGAGCCGCUGCUCUCCCGCCGCGCCGAGUUUCCCGUUUUCACCGUGUCGCCCGGAAAGAGCUCCCCGGAGCCGAGGCCGGGGUCGCCGCGGGCGGAGGGGGAGGGGACGCGGGCAGCCGGGCCGCGGGAAGGCGGGCAGCGCCCGGACGCGAGCCAGGAAGCGGCGCGAUGCGAGAACCCGCGGCGGCGGCGCGGCACUGAGUCCGGGAGGAAGGAGCCGCCGCGGCCGCACAACGGAUCUGCAGGCGCAGAGCAAAAUGCACCCGCGGCGCCGCGCGGUCCCGCAGCCCCGCCGCGGCCCCGCGGCCAGCAACCUCCGAGGGCGGCAGUGAACGCCUCCCGCCACUGCCGGGGGCCGACCGGAGGGGCUCUCCACGGCCGUGCACUUCUAGGAAGCCCCCGCAGCCCAAGCGAGAGCCGACCUUCUGCAAGCAGCGGGGCAACAGCCGGCGGCGCGCAUGGAUUUAUGAAAACCCUCAUGCAAGAAGUUGGCAGGACUGGGGCAAACUUUUCCGCCGGCUCUGCGUCCGCCGCUCCCCGCGCCUCGUCUCCUUUCCGCUCCUCGCCCGGCGGCGGGGCCCGCAGGGGAACCGUGCCGGGCGCCUGGCUGUGCCUGAUGGCGCUGCUGCAGCUGCUGGGCUCGGCGCCGCGGGGCUCGGGGCUGGCGCACGGCCGCCGCCUCAUCUGCUGGCAGGCGCUGCUGCAGUGCCAGGGGGAGCCGGAGUGCAGCUACGCCUACAACCAGUACGCCGAGGCGUGCGCGCCGGUGCUGGCGCAGCGCGGCGGGAGCGACGUGCCGGGGGCCGCCGCCGCUGCUGCCGCCUUCCCGGCCUCGGCCGCCUCCUUCUCUUCGCGCUGGCGCUGCCCGAGCCACUGCAUCUCGGCCCUCAUUCAGCUCAACCACACGCGUCGCGGGCCCGCCUUGGAGGACUGUGACUGUGCGCAGGACGAGAACUGCAAGUCUACCAAGCGCGCCAUUGAGCCGUGCCUGCCCCGGACGAGCGGCGGCGGCGCAGGCGGCCCCGGCGCGGGCGCGGGCGGGGUUUUGGGCUGCACCGAGGCCCGGAGGCGCUGUGACCGCGACAGCCGCUGCAACCUGGCGCUUAGCCGCUACCUGACCUACUGCGGCAAGCUCUUCAACGGGCUGCGCUGCACCGACGAGUGCCGCACGGUCAUCGAGGACAUGCUGGCCAUGCCCAAGGCGGCAUUGCUCAACGACUGCGUGUGCGACGGCCUGGAACGGCCCAUCUGCGAGUCGGUCAAGGAAAACAUGGCCCGCCUGUGCUUCGGCGCCGAACUGGGCAAUGGCCCGGGCAGCAGCGGCUCGGACGGGGGCCUGGACGACUACUACGACGAGGAGUACGACGACGAGCAGCGCACCGGGGGCACGGGCGGCGAGCAGCCGCUGGACGACGAUGACGGGGUCCCGCACCCGCCGCGCCCGGGCGGCGGCGCUGCUGCGGCAGGCGGCCGCGGGGACUUGCCCUACGGGCCCGGGCGCAGGAGCAGCGGCGGCGGCGGCUGCCGCUCGGCACCCCGAAGCGCCUGGACCCUGUUCGCCUCCAUCUUGCUGCUCCCGCUGCUCUUUUAGCCCUCGCGCCCCCCGCCGUCGGCCACGGGAGGGUCGGCGACGGGGCACCUGUGGCUCGGGGACAGAGGGGUGGUCGAGGAUCUUUUUCCAAAACGUUUUCUAGGUGGUUUCUGCCUAGCGGAUCUCUUGCCCUCGACUUGUUGCACGAUCCUCGCCUCCUCUCCGGAGCAGGACUUUUUGGUCAUCCUUCCCUGCCCCCAUUCCAGGCUCCAGAAACUCACCGCAGAAGCCGGCCUAGCUCCAGACCCCUGGGAUGAAACGGGCCUGGCAAGGGGACAGAACCGUUGUCCUGGACUCCGAAGAGAGGAUGAUGACCAGUGGGGCCUUAAGAGUUUCUAGGGACUGGGUUUGGAGCGGGAGUUUUGAAGAAGGAUUUAUAUUUGCAUAGGGACUGUUUAUUAGUAUUUCUCCUGGCGGGGCAGGGGGGGGGGCGGGGGGAGGUUACAGUAUCGACUUUUAUUGUGGCCAGUGAGGACAUUGCAAUCGUAACCGAUUCUCGUUUACUCUUGGUUUCCGCGCCCAGAAUUGUUUUUGCAGGGGGGGGUGGGGCGGGAGGUGAGGGUGGAGGGCAUGAGAAGGGUUAAUUUUCCUGAGUUUGGAUAGUUUUGAGCCCUUGACUUUAAUUUCAUUGCCACCACUCAGAUCUCUUAGCACAUUGCUUAGGAUUAAGGAUCCAAAAAUGCUAUCUAGGGAGUUGCUAGUGGUGUUGAACAAUGCAAGUUUUUAUUUAAAAGAGCUCUGCACUGCCAUUUAUGAAAGCCUCUUUAUGAUGUUUGUUUUGUUGUCAUUUUUGUUCUUUACACCAAGAAAUUGUAUGUACAAAUAUGCAGAGAACAUAUAUUGCCUCUGCUUUUAUCAGGGCGCUCACCCCUGGUACUUAGUAUAUAAAAUGUAUUAAAACUGGGAUUUGUUACCAGUUGCUGUAUUUUGUAUAUAGAAUUUUUAUAAAUUGUAUGCUUCAGAAAUAAUUUAUUUUUAAAAAAGAAAUUAAAAAUUUUAAAUCCACAUCCAUGGUACACCUUUCUUGCCUGAAAUGUAAAGAAUCCAUUUGUCACCAGGGAUCCAGAACCACCAUCAAUUGUGAAGUGUGCUCUAUCUAGAACAGUUUAAAAAUGUACAGUGUAUUUUAUAGAUUUGAAGUUAACAUUCUUAUUUUCAAGAGAAUUUAUGAACAUUGUAGAAAUGUAUAAAUGCAUUUCCAAACUGCCUUAAACAUUGUAUUUUUAUAGACUUUAAAAAAAUCCUAUGUUUUAAGUAACUGUGGCUUUGUGUAUUUUUUGUUGUUGUUGUUAUUUGAUUUUAUUAAAAUGUGUACAUCAGUAAAGAGUUUUAAAUAAUGAA